UUUUUUUGGCGCAAAAAUUCUAACCUUUGUUUUUUUUUGGCGCAAAAACUCUAACCUUUGUUACAAGCCUGAUGCACGUAUACGUACAUAAACGACUAGGAUCAUUUGACAUGCGUUAGGCUGACGUGAGGUGAUUCCAAACUAGUUUCUAAACUUGAAGAGAAAAUUGACACUGUUGUUUUUGAUGGAUUCGUUCUUCUCACAUAGACAGACAUGCAAAGACGGUGUUUUUGACAUGCAAAUUUUUUAUCACCGCUUUUGAACAUGUUAGCAACACAUAAAUGUUUUGUAUUUUUAUGUGAUGAGAGGUAUUUGGAGUAGUCAACUGUAGAAGUUUGAUCGUACGCUAUGUUUUCUUGAACUUUGUGUAUCUACAAGCAAGGCCAACAAAGGUAGUAAAGUUAUAGAGAUUACAAUUCACAGACGCUCUUUUUGUUCAUCCAACUUCUGAUAAUGAUAUGAUUGGAAAAACAUACGACUGCACAGGUGCACAGUCAUGUCUUCCUGGAUUUUAUGGAACUGCAUGCAGAUUUAUUUAUUUUGCGGGGAGGAACUGUAUGUAGAUUAGAAUGAAGGAACAAUAAGAAUAUGUCUUAGUCCCAAUAGAAACUUUUCUGUGAAAUACUUCUGGAGUACUAUACUACUUAUGUGGAUUACAAUCCUAGAAAUCAUCUUCAGUUUAUCAUAGAUUAUUACUACGUAGAAACCAUUUGACCUACAGGAACGCAAAACUUGACCUAUUUGAACUUCCACAAGAAGUUUUACUUAUCGAAUGUUGUUCAAAUGGACGCAAAGUUAUUAUCAAAAUCACUAUUUCUAAUUUGAGAACAUUUAGGAAAUACUCUCUCCAUUUCUACAUACUUGUUGCUGUUUUUAGUAUUUAGAAACGAAAUAGAAAAUAAAAACGUGCCGUCAGGGGCGGCCGGACUGGGGCCUUCUUUCUUCCUCGCAGUCCGAAAUUGGGCCAGAGGGAACAUGGGCCAGGCUUCCAAUUAGCUUGUCUGAAAUUUGGUUGCGCGGCUGCGCCCCCAGACUCCCAGAGUAGAAUUUUGGGGCGGUAGUUCGGAGACCACGCUGCUGCCCAUGGCGAACCGCGCCACCACCUGGUCCACAGCAUCCCCGGCCCACCUCUGCAACGCUCUCAUCCGCCGCGCCGCCGACCACCGCAGUCUCCUGCUCGCCUUCCGCGCCAUGUUGCGCGCGGGGGUCGCGCCGGACCACUUCACCUUCCCGUUCGCACUCAAGGCGCUCGCCCAGGCACAACCCCGUGGCGCGGCGACCCCGCGCGCAAGGGCCGCCGCCCUUUGGUGCCUCCACGCGCAGCUCGCCAAGUCCGGCCACGGCGCCGACGUCUACGUCGCCUCCUCGCUCGUCCACGCCUACGCGGCCGCCGCCGACGCCGCCUCCGCGCGGGCGGUGUUCGACGCCGCGCGCCACCGCAACGUAGUCACCUGGACGGCGAUGAUCGCGGGGCACGCCGCGGCCGGGGAGGCGAGGGAGGCAGUCGCGCUGUUCAGGGAGGCCGUGGCCAGCGGGCGGGAGGUCAAUGCCGUCACGGUCGCGCAGGUUAUGGCCGCGUGCGCCCAGUGCGGUGACAUGGAGAGCGGGAGGUGGGUGCACGACACGCUCCGGCGCUGGGGCGUCGAGCCCGUCAUGCUCGAUGUUGCUCUUGCCACGGCGGUGCUCGACAUGUAUGCAAGAUGUGGUGGUCUCGAUGUUGCAUUCGAGGUGUUUGACGCAAUGCCUCAUAGAAACGAGGUGUCCUGGAAUGCAAUGGUUGAGGUCUACAGUCGUCAUGGAAGGACGGAUAAGGUUCUAGAAGUGUUUGCAGGUAUGCAUUCUGCUGGGAUGAAGCCUGAUAAGGUGACAUGGCUGAGCAUACUGCGUGCUUGUACAUCCAAGGGAGAUACGUCCUUGGGCCAAGGGGUUCACGCAUACAUGGAAAAGACUAAUUGCUGUCGACACGUUGCAGUAUGCACAUCUCUCAUGGAUAUGUAUUCAAAAACAGGAAGUGCACAGAGCGCGCUCCAGGUAUUUCGUUGUCUCAAAGGAAAGGAUUUGAUGGCAUGGACAAGCAUGAUCACCGGCUUGGCGAAGCAUGGCCAUGGCAGUGACGCAGUGCAGCUCUUCAAUCAGAUGGAGAGUGGUGGUGUUGUUCCAGACCAUGUCGCAUUUGUAGGCGUACUAACUGCUUGCAAUCAUGCAGGAAUGGUGGAUGAGGGCAGAAAGUAUUUCGACUCCAUGUUCAACAUUUACGGCAUCAGCCCAAGGAUCAAACACUAUGGCUGCAUGAUUGAUCUCUUGAGCCGUGCAGGUCACUUGUGUGAGGUUGAGGGGAUGAUGCAGCUGAUGCCUAUUCAGCCCAGUGUUACAAUGUGGGGAAGUAUGAUGAACGGCUGCAAGAUACAUGGUAGGGCUGAUGUAGCUGAGAGGAUAGGAAAGGAGGUUGCUGAACUUAAUCCUCAGUUAAGUGCUGCAUAUGUGGUCAUGUCCAACAUAUAUGCAGAGUUUGGUAGGUGGCAUGCGGUCGAGCAAACUAGGAGGUUGAUGUGGAAGACGGGAUUGAAGAAAAAUAUAGGCUCAAGUGGCACGGAAGUGCACAUGUUAUGCUCCUGAAAUCAAUUGAUGUCUUGAAGCGAGAGGCAAAGGAUAUUGUGAAAUUUGCAGUGUGUUGUGGAGAUGGGACUACCAUCAAAGGCAUGGCCAUUCCAUCAGACAGUGGUCCUUGGCGCAUUCUUCACUAUGUUCUCUUUGCAGCAAUAAAAGGUUAUGCAUUAUCAUACUUAUCAUCUUGUGCUGGAAGGAUAUGGUUCUUACUUGGUACCCAGGCAUGGUUGCUCUUGACCUAGAUAUGAUAUUGAAGGGCCUGUUCCAGCAAGUUCUCCAUUGCCUGGAGAACAUUCCGAACCUCGGGGGAAUGUCCUUGCUAUUACUUGUGACUUAAACUAACUGUAAGUGUUUCCCUAAAGACUAUUUCGUUAAUAACGCAGCUUGAGCACAUGGUCUAACUGUCUGACAUUCCUAAUACUUUUAUAAUCGAUGGGCAAUUGGGCAUAUGCACAUUCACAUGGAGACAUGCACUUGCACACAAUUUUAUGUUACAGCUAAGUCAUUUUAUGUUACUUGUGUUCUUGUACACUUGCAGUCACACAGCAAAUAAGCAACUCCCCCUUUUUCUAUGUGUUGAUGUUUUCAUAAUUUUUAAUCAUGUUUUCAUGAGCUGUCUGAGUAUAUCCUGAUCCUUGGAAUUACAAUACACAGUGAAAGUAAACACCAUUAUUCACCACCUGCUGGGAUUUGCACAUGCAUCAAAUGAAGUAUGCAAGAAAAAUCAUGACCUUUGCUUAUCUUGGUUCCUUUGGUGCACGGUCUCACAAUUCAUAACAUUGAACAUUCAAGACUGCAGUAGCAGACGGAAAUAUUAGUAGUUCUGUUUUUGACAAGGAAAACAGUGCACUAACUGCAAUACUGCAUAAAUGCAUAUGCUAAAUAUUAGAGUUUACUUUGAAUAUUUCUUAAACCAGUCAAUCUGAUGGUGGAGGAUUUGCGCAAAAGCACUGGCUAUCCAUUUUGAUGAUUGUCACUUCUUCAUGAUCUUCUAUUGGUACGAGGCACUUGGGGAAGGCUACCAUGUCUACUGGGAAGGAGGGCCUGGUCUCAGAGGGCAAUGCUGCGUACAGUCGGUCUAGAUGUGUGGAUGAACUUGAGUGCCGACUUUCCAAACAUGGAAGUCUUAAAAACUGUACUUUUAUCACCUGCAUCUCACAACUGUCUUCUGAGACACAAUGUUGGUCCAGAAGGUCGUCCACAACAUUGUUGCGCAUGGCUUGGAGCAGCUUGCAGUUUUCCAAAAUGUGCUUCUGUAAUUAUUCCCGAAGAGGUAAUCCGUGCCGUCCAUUAUUUCCAGCCUGCACCCUUUUUUACAGACCUCGAUGUCACACAUACCCACAGCGACGAGUCGAAGCUGCUACAGUUACAGUUCAGUCUCGAACAGUGGACGACACUGCCCGCCGGAUCAGAACGUUUACCCGUGCACACGGCUGCUAGCUAGAGUCAGAUGGGGACGAACAGCAGCAAGCUGCAGCGACAGGUCGAUAUGGAUCGACGGACGGCCGGACGGCCGACCGGAGCCGAUGGACGGUUCCUUCUGUUCCUAACUAGAGAUCGUUUGUCCGGACGGAUCAGGAGACGACAGCAAUUUGACAACAAUGCCAAGCCAAGGUAGCGUCGAGUCGUCGUCCACGAUUGCAUUCAAUGUUCUUCCCUAUUGCCGGCCUCCCCUAUCCACCGGCCACCACUGUGAGUACCUACGAACUACAGCAAAAAUACUAUUCCACACGUACGUAGCGGGACCUCUUUGGUCCGACUACUCUAAUUUGCUGUAGCGCACGCGUAUAUA